AUGAAUCGUUUUUGUGAUAUCGAGGUUUCGUUUAAAAAACUUUCAUCUAUUUAUGGUUAUCAUGCUGAAAAACUUGUUUCAAUUGAAAAAGCACUAAAACCUAUUGAACCUCAUAUUGAUGAACUACCUCGUUUUAUAAACAUAGCUAAACGACGUUGUCAUUUUCCGUCAGAACAUGGACUAACAUAUGAUCAAUCAGCUGCAGUUUAUAUCUAUACAAUGGAAUUGGGUGAUACUACUUUAUAUCGUGUAUUGAAUAAAGCAUUACGAUCCGAAAAUCGGCAAGCACUAAAAAUAUGGUUUCCAUACUUAAAAUUAUUUGAUACAGCAUUGGAUAAGUUACCUACUGUUAAAGAGAUGGUAUGGAGAGGUGUACCUCUUGAUAUUGGCAAGCACUUCACCAAAAACAAAAUUGUGACGUGGUGGAGUAUUAAUUCAUGUUCAUCAUCAGUCAAAAUUAUUGAAAGUUUCAUUGACAACAGUAAAAAUGCAACUCUGUUUUUAAUUGAAGCUGUUAAAGGAAAAAGAAUUUCUGGCUAUACAGAAUACAAAAAUGAAGAUGAAGUCAUUUUACGAAUGGGUUCACAAUUUCGCGUAAAGAGCGAUGUUUUCAAGCAAUCGAAUGGUUCAGUUCUAGUACAUUUAGUUGAACUUGAUGAGAACAACGAUCAACCAUUAGCAUCAGCUAUGAAUGAAAUGCAACUAGCUCCAAAGCCAUCAAAUACUUCAGGUAAGCUAUUUAUAAUUACUCUCAAUGAAAUAACAUUUUGCAUGGCACAUAUGUGUAAAAUAAUCAAAAAAUAUCUGAAUACUGAUUAA